UCCUUUUGCUUUACAUCACUUUCUCUCUCUUGUUAAAUCUGCAUUUAAGAUUUUUUCAGUUGAGUGAUAAAAGUUAUUUAAUAAUUCAAUCUUUGAAAGGUCUUCCUUUUUCUCUUUUCGUCAAAGUCGUCUUCAGCUUUGAAAAACAUUGGUGUUUUACUUUUAGACAAACUGUGUGUUGUGUGUGUCUAGAAGCAGAAAUCUGAAAAAGGUGGGAUCAUCAUUGGGAGCUAACAACAAUCUUGUUUUGUGGGUUAUCUUCACUUUUUUAUUCCUUCUGGUAAGAUUUGUAGUAGAUCUAAAUUUGUUUAUAGAUUCUCUCUCCUUUAAAGUGAGAUUUGAGUACUUUCAAUCAUUGAAGAAGAAGAUUUGGUGGUCUUUCUUUGUUUCUUCAAUUAUUUCAAUCAUUUAAGUACACUUCUCGCAAGAAUCUGAGCUGUACUCACCAAGAGGGUUUUGUAUCGCAUUAAAGAGCUUACAAGAAAGUUCUUGUGCUGAGCAUUAAUGGGGGAUAUGCAAGUUGGUGUUGCCAAUAUUGACGAUAAGGGCUUUUAUGGCAUGAUGGAGGAUAAACCGGGGGCUUCAUCGAACCCAACUCUACAAGUGUCGGUUUCAUUUGGAAGGUUUGAGAAUGAUUCACUUUCAUGGGAGAAGUUCUCUGCUUUCUCUCCGAACAAGUACUUGGAGGAAGUUGGAAAGUGUGCUACUCCUGGUUCCGUAGCUCAAAAGAAGGCUUAUUUUGAAGCUCAUUACAAGAAGAUCGCCGAGAGGAAAGCUGAGAUCAUGGAUCAGGAGAAACUAAUGGACGACAAGAAGGCUUCUUUUAGAUCGGUCGUUACAGAUCAAUGGAGUAUGGGAGCCGAAGUUGGCGGGUCGGUGACAGAGUCUGUGGUUGAUACUGAAGAAGAUAAGCAUGUGACUGACAUUGCUGCCGAAGUGAAGGAGCUGAGUGUUAAUGUAGAAACUAUCAUUGUCAAGGAAUGUCAAAGCUCGGUUGAUGAGGUGAAAGAAGAAGUCAAGAACAGUCUGGAUAGUCCAAGAUUGGAGAAACCAGAAGAGGAGGUUUUACUAAUAGAUGAGAAAGAAGAGACAGAGGUGAGAGAGAACGUUGAUACUACUGCCAAUACGAAUGAAACGCCAAUGAAGGAGAUGGAGAAAGAGAAAACUCAAAAACUAAUCAAGAAGGGUGGAAACGUGGGGAUCAACCGUACAAGAAAUUCUCCCAAGCCUGAUCAGGUGAAGACAAAACCGGCAACUAACAAGAUUGCAACAAGUAAGAAAACUCCACCAAGCAAGGAGAUCAAGAACAUGGUGAAACCAACCAAGAAACCAGCGGCACCUGUCUCAAAAGCUCCACCAGGGUUUUCAACUCCAAGAGUGUACAAGCCAGCUUCAAAAAUACCUUCACUGUCUACAUCCCAGUCUUCUGUAAAGAAGGAGAAGCCCUCGUUUCUACUGAGAAACAAACAAACCGCUCCAAAGUCAUUGCAUAUGUCUAUGAGUCUUGGUCCAUCAUCCGCCUCUGAUCCUAGUGCUCUUACAAGCACUAGAAAAUCGUUGAUCAUGGAGCGUAUGGGAGAUAAAGACAUUGUGAAACGGGCGUUUAAGUCAUUUCAAAAGAGUUAUGACCUUGGAGCAUCUGUGGAUGAGCAAAAGCCAGCUCUAAAACAGAAUCCUGCAAAGACAACAAGUAUUCCAUCAGUGGCUACACGGCAUAAGGAAAACGGCAGGCCUGCAAAAGCAAGUGGCAUGGAAAAGAGAAGCAGUACUAGCGGUCAUGAUUAUUCUGCAUCUCGUGGGUUGAAAAGCAAUGUGACAGUUGAGAAACAACAAAAAGAGCUUUCCAGUUCUGGUGCAAGACCUGUAGACAAGACACGCUUGCAGAAGAACCCAAAGCAGGGUGGAGUAGUUGAUGCCAAGACAAAGAGGGAGUCUCUGAAUCCGAAAGCAAAGCCAGUACGUAUCUUACCAAAAGUCUCUUCAGAAAAGAUGUUAUGAUAGCUAUAUAUCCUUCCUGUUUUAGUGUGAUCUUUGCCACCAAUGUUGUUUGUUUCAUUAGUCUUGAGGUGCAGAGUCGAAUUAUAUUUUUGUUAUAUAGAGGACUCUCUAGUAAGCAUGUAAUAAGCCUUAAUGUUAAAAUCUCCCUGUGGGAAUUAUGAAUAGUUAUAAUUUACAUUCAUGUGUAUGUGUAUAGACUACGUUGGAUCA